AUGUUCGCCUGCAAUCGUGAGCUUGGGAUCGCUUUUGGACUUAUCUUCUGGGCGACUCUCGCUUUAGCCCAAAAUUCUAGCAAUGAAAGGGCCAGCGAUCGAACAAUAAAUCAACUGGACCUGGCUGGUUCGGCUACAGCUAAAAGUUUUGAGCCGCCGCCUGAGUUUUAUCGCGGUCCUGGCUCAGGAGCUGGCUUAGGAUCUAAUCCCAUAAGUCAGCCCUCUCUAGGAAGUGUGGGUGAAAGUCUUAGUGAAACCUACAAUAAGUGGCGAGCUGGAGCUGCUAAUCUUCAGGAUCGUAUCAGUGUGGGUCACCAUGCCGCUGCGGGAGGAGUAUCUUCGCAUACACCAACAGUGGGCAGCUUUGAAAGUAAUUCACAUCCGUAUCCCUACGAAUACUCCCACAGCAGUGGAGGAGGAGCAGGAGCUAGUCUAGGAAGUGGUGCCUAUUUUGGUAGUUCCAGUGUCGAGGCGGGUAUUCCAUUCGACGUUUAUGGUUCGCGUCCGGGUCACAGUAUUGGCCAUGGUCACUACUCCCCGCCAGAGUAUGCGUAUCCGUAUCCCUUGGAUCCCCACGAGAUAGCCGCGCACAAGGGUCCCGGUCACGGGGACGUUUCAUCCAAAGCUCUACUGGCGAAGAGUUUUCUAAUACCACUAGCAAGUGCUGCAGUUCUGGGAAUAGCUGCCGCCUUGGUCAGCAAUCCCCUGCUCCUCCAAUUGGGCACAGUUUCUGGAUUGGGAACCAUUGUAGGCAAACGCAAGCGACGUGCAACAGGUCAAAAUAUGCUAACGAGGAAAGCCCAUAAGUACACUUUAUAAAUAUGCCAUUCAUAACGAAAUAAUGGAAAAUAAACGUUUGUUCUCAAUGAAUCUGUAUCGAUAAGAAGAAAUCCUCGAUAAGAUUUUAUUUAUACUAUAUUAUAGUAUAAAUAUGCUUAUCAUUUAAUAUUUCCGAGAAGACACUACUGAAAAACGUAAUACUUAC